GAGCAUUGCUACUACUGCUUCGACGUGCUUGAGGCGGCUCUGAAGCGAGCAUCUCCGCCCAAGCCUCGCUUUGUGCCGGGCGACGACUCCAUGCAACGUAGGCCGCUGUUCGUGACGUGGAACACCAUCAGUGCAAAAGGUGAUCGACGGCUACGCGGCUGCAUCGGCACGUUCGGUCCUGUUCCGCUCGAGUCUGGCCUGGCAGACUACGCCAAGACGAGUGCGUUCAAGGAUCAUCGUUUCAGCCCCAUCACAGAGCGCGAGCUUGCAUCUCUCGAAUGCGGCAUUUCGCUGCUCACGCCCUUUGAGCCGUGUGCAGACUACACAGACUGGACCAUCGGCGAGCACGGCAUCUACAUCCACGUGCCAAGCAGCAGCGGACGCUGGCUGACAGCCACGUAUCUGCCCGACGUGAUCCCCGAGCAAGGUUGGAGCAAGCGCGAGGCCGUCGACAGUGCCAUUCGCAAGGCGGGCCACACGGGCAGCAUCGAUGAGGCACUGCGCAGGCGCCUAAAGGUGGAGCGCUACCGCAGCGAGAAGUGCUCGCGCACCUACGAGCAGUGGCGUGCG